UCCUGGAACAGCAUGGCUGCGCCCGCACGAGGGCCGGCUGGCGGGCGCUGCGCCGCGCUCGGGCGCGUGCUCCUGCUGCCGCUGCUUUUGCUGAUGUGCCGGGCGGCGCGGGGCGAAGAGGCCGGGGCCGGUGCAGGCGCGGCGUGCGGCUGCGGGACGCCUCAGCGGCCCGGCGCCCCCGGCAGCGCCUCAGCCGCGCACCGAUACUCGCGGGAGGCGAACGCCCCGAGCGCGCUCCCGGGAGAGCGGCCGCCGGCGCCCGCCAAGAUGGUCCCCAUCCCUGCUGGAGUGUUUACAAUGGGCACAGACGAUCCUCAGAUAAAACAGGAUGGGGAAGCCCCUGCGAGGAGAGUCACCGUGGAUGCCUUUUACAUGGAUGCCCAUGAAGUCAGCAAUGCUGAGUUCGAGAUGUUUGUGAACUCCACUGGCUACUUGACAGAGGCUGAGAAGUUUGGCGACUCCUUUGUCUUUGAAGGCAUGUUGAGCGAGCAGGUGAAGACUGGUAUCCAGCAGGCAGUUGCAGCCGCUCCCUGGUGGUUACCUGUUAAAGGCGCUAACUGGAGACACCCAGAGGGGCCUGACUCUACUAUUCUGCACAGGCCGAACCACCCAGUGCUCCACGUCUCCUGGAACGACGCGGUGGCCUUCUGCACGUGGGCAGGGAAGCGGUUGCCCACGGAAGCCGAGUGGGAGUACGGCUGCCGGGGGGGCCUGCGGGAUAGACUUUUCCCCUGGGGCAACAAGCUGCAGCCAAGAGGCCAACAUUAUGCCAACAUUUGGCAGGGUGAGUUCCCCGUGACCAACACUGCAGAGGACGGCUUCCGAGGAACUGCGCCUGUGGAUGCCUUUCCUCCCAAUGGUUACGGCUUAUACAACAUGGUGGGGAAUGCGUGGGAGUGGACUUCGGACUGGUGGACUGUCCACCAUUCUGCCGAAGAAGCGCUCAACCCAAAAGGCCCCCCUUCUGGGAAAGACCGAGUGAAGAAAGGUGGUUCGUACAUGUGCCAUAAGUCCUACUGCUAUAGGUACCGCUGUGCCGCUCGGAGCCAGAACACCCCUGACAGCUCCGCCUCCAAUCUGGGGUUCCGCUGUGCAGCUGACCGCCUGCCCACCACCAACUGACAGCCAGGAGGAGCCUUCCCAAAGGAAGUCCUUUCUCACCCGCACUCGGCUUCCCUAAGAACUUUGAAUGAUCUUGUGCAAAGAAUUCCCACCCGAGGUGGAGGUGGGUGACAUGUCUGCCCAAUGGCCAAAGGAACCGUCUUGCAAGACCAAAUCGCUGUCUUGUGUCAGCACAUGCGCUUUAUGGUGUGGUGCAUCUUGACAGAUCAUCACCGUGUGUUACUUUCUAGAGCCUCUUAAAGAGGAAGGGGAGAGAAGGGGCCUUGCACUGGGCUUCUGGAGGCCUGUGUUAUAGGGUUGAACCCUAGGGGCCAACAGUGCUCCUGCCUGGGCCUCAGCUUCCUCACCUCUCAAAGGAGGGAUGGACAACAUCAUCUCUGAGGUUCUCAGAGUCUGUGAGUGGUGUCGGAUCCUGCCAUUAGUGCAUAGUGAGAAUUUAUGACAGAUUAUUUUUUAGCUAUUUUUUUUUUCCGAGUGUGAACCUGGGAGUGAUACUAAUCAUGUAAAGUGAGAGUUCUGAGUAUUAUUUUCAGAAGAGGGUGACGGGGUGAGUUGUUUAUAUUCACACUGCACUUUGUUUUUCCAAGGAAAUCGGUGUCUUUUACAUUGUUAUGAUGAAUCCCACGUGGACUAGCGAUGGUAUGUUACUGUUCAGCACUCCGAACUGGGAAUGUCUGUGGGUGACUCUACUGUGCUUUAUCUUUUAAAUAUUAAGUGCCUUUGGCUCAGAGGGGCAGGUAUAAGCCCUAUUUUCCCCUCCCCGCAAAGCCUCUGGUGAAUGUGAAAUAUGUACUAACUGGGGAAACCUGUUUAACUCUGAGUACAGGAGAAGAGGAAGAAGACCUCGGAUUAACCUUAUUCAGGGCAUUCUGUAUUUUGUAACAGAACUGGGAAAUCUUGCUGGUUAUGGAAUAUCAGAUGCUUGAAUUGUGCACUAUGUCAAAUAAACUGGUGUCUGCCACAUCAGA